AUGGAACAGCCAUCUGUCUUGGUCGCUCCAAGUCGGCAGCAGCGUGCUCACGGUGGGCACGAUAGCGACAUUCGGGUCUCUCCCAUGACAAGACUACUACCUCUAGACAUAAUCUACGAUCUCAUCCCUCUACUCGGUCUUUCUGAUCUCUUGACGUUCAUGAGCACGUGCAAAGCCUUCCGGGAACGUGGUGCAAAGCACCUAGUUUCUCGUAGCUUUCCCGUUAGAGACGUCGAUUCCUUUGAACUCUUCAUGGCUUCAUUCGGCGAUCGCAUGUAUCAACACAUUGAGCAUUUCAACUAUCUGCCUCGUUCCGACGAGGUUGUCACAGCGGAGCGGUUAUCAUCUAUCCUAUCGCAAGCCACCCGGCUGGAAUCGCUCGAAUUACAGUUCUAUCCCGAGCCCAGAGGCCUGGCAAAUGAACGUAAUGGACUUCACGGCGUGCUUUCUAGUGUUCCAAGUCUUCGGCGUCUACAUCUUUGGCUCACAGGAACAGAAUUCCUAAGCCCCACCGAACGCGCCAUAUUGCAGAACCUGAACUCGGGUCUGCGCACUCUGCGUCUAUCAUUCAUACGGCAUUGCGAUCCGUUGCAAUCUCUGCCCGGAGCUCUCCUCGAUGGCCUAAAACAUUUGCACUUUCAGCGUGCUGUAUUCGACUCACUUGAGAACCCUCUCGUGAAGUUGGAGAGUCUGACCAUAGAGGAUGCGACAAUGCAUACAAGGACGCUGAUCACAUCCUUCCCCGGCAUUCAGUAUCUUCGACUUCCACGGACAGAUUCUGAAGACACCGAGCGCAGGAGGAGGGGGUCCUUCGAAUCUGAGUUGGAUAUCAUGCACAGAUUGAAUUCGCGCACACAAGAGCUCGGAAGUAGCUGGCCAUCACUCAGAUACUUGUCCGGAAGCCUCACCUCUCUCUAUCGCCACGCCGUGACAGCGCCCACGCAGACGCUGCACAUCGACACUGCGAUUGUCAAUCCUCUCGACAUGGAACUUCUACGCGUUGUUCUGAAGGACACUCGACCUACCUGCCUUUCAAUCACGCUCUCGUACCGUUAUGUCUCGUCCAUGUUUGAACCAUUGAUGUCCGUCCAAUCACACCUCAAACGCCUCGACCUACGAGUCCUAUGGUGUCCUCCUGAGACGCAUAAAGAUGAGAAACGUGCGGCACGAGAACUUGUAGUCUCUGUGUAUGGAAUGUUAGCGCGGCUGUCUCUCACUGCCGUACGAUUGGACAUCGUCAAGGAGAUCGAGCGCUCUCAGUCCGAGGACAAAGCGCUAGAUACUUACGCGAUUGCCCUGCGACUUGUGCAACGGGUGCCCACCCUCCGGGAUGUCCUGGUCCGAUAUCAGACCUCUGAGAUGGAGAGUACGCGUAUGCGGUAUUGGUCGAUCGCCGAACCGGGAGAUCAUGAGACUAUGAGCGAGAUGGAGUCGAGUGUGGGUGAUGAGAUCUUCGGGGCAGACUUGCCCGGUGCGGGAUGGGGCGCUUGA